UUUUGUGAAAAGCUGUAGUUUUAUGAGGAUUUUAACAAAAUAAUUGAUGUCCCAGAUUUCCGGGAAAGUUAAGGACAUUGUGUUUUGCUUGCUGAAAAGAAAAAAUAUUAACGAAAACAUUGGAUACAUUCUGAAAGAUUCCAUUACCAGGAAAUUAAAAAAGAAAAUGGAUCACAAACCCCAAUUCAAAUACACAAUCUAUAUUUAUACGAAAGCAAAUUGUACAGACGUUGAUAUAAAUAUAUUAAAUAUGGGAACGGUUUUAAGUUUUAAUCCGAGGGAUCGACAUCCUGUGUAUUCAGCUCAACACAAUGUUCAACACAAUCAAGAAUCCGUCAUGAGGAAUGAAAACUUUAGUGAAGGAUCAAACUCCAUUGAAUCUCAUUUAAACAAUUUCUCUUAUGAACAAUUAAACAAUGCCAGAAAUCGUGAAAAUAAGAAGAUACUCUGUCAUCAACUAUCAAAAAAUGGUUUGAAUCAACAGCACGUUUCUGGUAGCAUAAACAACAGCAUAAAUACAAAUAAUUAUAACAAUCUGAAUAAUGUUAGCAAGGAUACUAUUAAUAAUGACUUAGAUUCACAUAAUGAAAAUUCAAUUAUUUUAUCUGAAAAGAGCACUAUAGAAAAAAAUUUUAAAAAGCAUUCAUUAUUUAUAAAUGCUCUAUCAUGGAAGAAACUAGCAUCAUCCCAUGGUAAAAAGAAAAUAGAAAACAAAAAUAAAUGUGCUAAUUUACCUGCAGCUUGCUUCAAGGCACAGUUUUUGGAGUCCACAUAUUCAACAACCUCUGAUAAGAACAAGAAUGUUCAAAUUCAUUGUAAUCAUUUUGAGGAGCAUCAACAUCCAAAUAUAAAUACAGACAAUAGUCAACAGACUCGCAAUACCUAUUUUCCAACCGCUAAAGCUCUAAAGACACCAACAUCUCUUGACAUUGUCAGAGCUAACAAUACGAAUUCAAUAAGCAACCAUAACAAAUUAAUACAAAAACAACCAUUAACACUUUCGCUGCCGUCACAAGUUCAUGCAAAUAAAAUUCAAGUUAAAAAUAGCAAUCAAAUUCCUCGAAAAACUGUCAUCCAAGCAUCAACUUCCGAAUUAUUAAAAUGUUUAGGAAUAUUUCUCCACUGUCGAUGCAAAAAAUUACGUCAUUUUGAAGCUGGUGAUGCAGUUAUGUGGUUACGAGCAGUGGAUAGAAGCCUAUUACUACAAGGAUGGCAGGAUGUUGCUUUCAUAAAUCCAGCAAAUGUCGUAUUCGUGUACAUGCUUGUGCGUGAGCUGGUAGAUGGAGAAGAAACAAAGGAGUCUGAAUUGCAAGCAGCUGUUUUAACUUGUUUAUAUCUAUCGUAUUCAUAUAUGGGAAACGAAAUCAGUUACCCAUUGAAGCCAUUCUUAGUAGAAGAUUCAAAAGAUAAAUUUUGGGAUAGAUGCCUAAUAAUUGUCAAUCGCUUGAGUAACAAAAUGCUUAAAAUAAAUGCUGAACCUGGUUUUUUUACUGAAGUAUUUACGGAACUUAAAGCUUGCGGACAAUUUUUAACCAACAAUAACGGUAGCUACACCUGUGGUGGAGCUUGACGUAUAGAAGAUCGUGAUAUCGUCGUUCGGCUUUCAUUAUCUGCACAUCAACAAGUUUUACAGGAUACUAAACGAACAAAGCAAAUUGGAUGUAACAUAAAGUAAUUUGCGUCAUUAAGUCACUGUUAAUUUGUUAUUAAUUUCAACUCAUUUCAUGUAAUCUAAAACAUUAAGUUGGCUUAAAAAUACGGCAAAACACAAACUUUAA